AUAACCCUCGUGCGGCACACGGAGCCGGCCAUAUUGCUGUGAAUGAGUGCGUGAAAACAUAGGGCUAAAGCGUAGCCAUAAAGAAAUCUUCCAACAUCGUCUAGUUGCGAAGAGUUAAACCGUGAUUGUUCAUCAUGGAAAACGUAUAUGGAAUCGGUACGGCCAAUAGGUAUAGCCUUUUUCUGGACAACGAGACGGAUCCGCUGGAAACUCUCCAGAUAAAGGAGCAGGAGAAGGAGCUGAAAAGGAAAACCAAAGUGGUCGAAAAGGAAAACAAGGGGAAGCCGGAGGCGCCUGCCAAGGGUAAACCCACGCAGCCACCGAAGAAGAUCAUCAAGGACGUGCCCCACAAGGCCCAGGACAACAAGCGUGAAGACGGCAAGCUCAAUCAUCAACGAUCCACUGACAACAAAACUGAAAAGACAUUUAAUAAAUUCAACAAUGAGAACCGAGAGGAGAGGAACAAUAGACGCAACCGCGAGGACAGGCCUUUCAAUGGAAAUUUCGAAAACAAUCGUGAGGACAGACCAAGAAGGGAGGGCGACUUCGACAAUAGGAGAGGACGCGCUGUAGGUAGCAAAACCGCCGGUCGUGGCGGCGUUGCGCCGAGACGAGGCAAGCGUGAAUUCGAGAGGCAAAGCGGAUCUGAUAAAACGCAUGGUUACAGAGGAGUCAAACCAAUUGAUAAGAGAGAUGGUGGUGGUGCCCACAACUGGGGAUCUCAUAAGGACGUCAUUGAGGAAGCUGAUGCUAACAAAUCUACUGAAACCGAACAAGUCUGGAGCGAAAAUGAAAAGGCCGAAACAUCCAUCAAUGCUGAACAAAAGGAAACUGAAAACGAAACUGAGAAUGUACCUGUUGAGGAAGAACCAAAAGAAUUGACUCUGGAUGAAUGGAAAGCACAGCGUGCUGGACGUCAAAAGCCUACAUACAAUUUGCGCAAGGCCGGCGAGGGUGAGGAUCCUAGCCAAUGGAAGAAGAUGUAUGAACUCAGCAAGAAGAAGGAUGGCGAAGAAGAGGAAACUGAUGACGAAGAAUAUGAUACAUCUGAAUACCCGCAACGCGUGGGCAGACAAAAGCGCGUGGUUGGCAUCGACUUUCACUUUAGCGACAGCAGACGGGGUGGAGCUGGACGCGGCCGUGGAGCUCGCGCUGGUCGUGGAGCUCGCAACAACAGGGAGGGUGGUGGUGGUGGUCGUGGUCAAGCUGCUGCUGCUGCCGCUGGUGGUGGUGGUGGUGGUCCUAGCGGCGGCGAAAAGCCUGUCCAGGGCGGUGGAAACCGUUAUCGUCCUGAGGAAACUGGGGAUGUCAACAAGGUCGACGCUAAACAUGCACCAAAAGUCGACGAUGAGCGUGACUUCCCAUCUCUUGGUUAAGCAAGCCCAGACGUAUUUCUCAACAAUUCAACAAACCAAUUCAAUCUUAACAUCAGCAGGUUUUUCUUCGUAUAAUAUUAAAUCUCCUUUUUAACAAAAAAAUUACUUCAAAUUGGUACAAACUCUCCCCAUAAAGUCUAGCCAAGAUAUAAUUAAACAAUAUUAAGCAAAGUUAAGAAAUUAGCAAUUUUGUAGUGGAUGAUUGUAGACUGUGUACCUUAUGGGUGAAGGUUGCUAGUCAGUGUUAACUACAACUGCGUUACCGAUUGCUCAUGUGGUGCCGUCUCAGUAAAACGAUUAUUGAUAUAAAAGAAAAGAAA